GUGAAAUCUCCCGCCACUCGGGGAAACCGGGUGCUGGCGGUUGUUUUUUCGCGUUUGGUGUGGUUGCAGGUAACAAGAUGGAGUUUUCUGGAGCAAAGCGAAAGAAACCGAACUUGUCAGGUGAUCAGCGGAAUGUUUGCUACCCUCAUAGCCUUCAGUUUUACUUGCAACCGCCUUCUGAAAACAUAUCUUUGAUGGAGUUUGAAAACUUGGCUAUCGAUAGAGUUAAACUGCUAAAAGCAGUUGAAAAUCUUGGUGUGAGCUAUGUGAAAGGAAGUGAGCAAUACAGGACUAAGUUGGAGGCUGAGCUUCGAAAGGUCAAGUUUUCCUUUAGAGAAAACUUAGAAGAUGAAUAUGAACCACGAAGAAGAGACCAUAUUUCUCACUUUAUUGUGCGCCUCGCGUAUUGCCAGUCUGAAGAUCUUAGACGCUGGUUUAUUCAACAAGAAAUGGAUCUCCUUCGAUUUCGAUUCAGUAUUUUAUCCAAGGACAAAAUUCAAGAUUUCUUAAAGGAUAGCCAUUUGCAGUUUGAGUCCAUAAAGGAUGAAGAGAAGACUCUCCGAGAAAAGGAGAUUAUUGCUUCAUCACCCAGUUUAAGUGGGACUAAGUUGGAGUUGGAGUCAGUGUAUAAGAUCCCUUUUGCUGAUGCUCUGGAUUUGUUCCGAGGAAGGAAAGUGUAUUUGGAAGAUGGCUUUGCUUAUGUACCACUUAAGGACAUUGUGGCAAUCAUCCUGAAUGAAUUUAGAACCAAAUUGUCUAAGGCUUUGGCACUAACAGCCCGGUCCCUGCCUGCUGUACAGUCUGAUGAGCGACUUCAGCCUCUGCUUAACCACCUCAGUCAUUCCUACACCGGUCAAGAUUACAGCACACAGGGAAAUGUUGGGAAGAUUUCCUUAGAUCAGAUCGAUUCGCUUUCUACCAAAUCCUUCCCACCUUGCAUGCGUCAGUUACACAAAGCCUUGCGGGAGAAUCACCAUCUGCGUCAUGGAGGCCGGAUGCAGUAUGGCCUCUUUCUGAAGGGCAUUGGUUUAACAUUGGAACAGGCAUUGCAGUUUUGGAAGCAAGAAUUUAUCAGAGGAAAGAUGGAUCCAGACAAGGUAAUUUUGAAAAAUCUGAGCAUAAAUAACCUUGUUGGUAUGCUGGCUUGUUUUUUGUUGUCAGGGUGCCCAUUCCGUCACAGUGAUCCAGAGCUGCUGAAGCAGAAGUUGCAGUCAUACAAGAUCUCUCCCGGAGGGAUAAGCCAGAUGUUGGAUUUAGUAAAAGGGACACAUUACCAGGUAGCCUGUCAAAAAUACUUUGAGAUGACGCAUAAUGUUGAUGAUUGUGGCUUUUCAUUGAAUCAUCCUAAUCAAUUCUUUAUCGAGAGCCAAAAGAUUCUAAGUGGUGGUAAAGACAUCAAGAAGGAAUUCAUCCAACCGGAAACUCCUCAACCCAAACCAAGUGUCCAGAAAACCAAGGAUGCGUCAUCUGCUCUGGCUUCUCUAAAUUCCUCUCUGGAAAUGGAUAUGGAGGGACUAGAGGAUUAUUUCAGUGAAUGAUUCUUGGGCAUUUAGUGACCCUUUUUCCUCACUAGCGUUCAGUUCUCACUUUAACAUUUUUGCCUUUUUGUUUUUUAACCUUUUUGUCUAACUUCUCCCACUUUCCCAUCCCACCCCAAUCCAUCCAUGUUCUUAGGAAAUCCACCAUAGGAAAGCAGGCUUGCAGAUGAAAACCAAGACCUCCACUGUAUUUUGCUUUGACAAAAAGGAAGAAGAAGAAUUUCUCUUGAAAUACAACACUUAAACAGUGUGAUUUAAGUCCUGUUUUAGGAGAUAAAAUAGCUUUCUAGACUGGUUACAGUCCCCUAGAAACAAUACAACUGAAAACAACUUUUAACCCUUAUAACUGUAAUUUUGAGCCAACCCUUUUCUGGACCAUUUUUGUUAAUAAAUAUCAAAAUGUA